CAGGCUGCGCCAAAAUUCAUGUUUUUUCUGAUGGUAACCAUGAAUCUGACUGCUCCUCUGCUGCUGCUGCUUCUCACCGCUUGUAUGGCCAGUGGUGCGCUGCUGCCCAAGGCCUUAUGGCAGUUUGGGAAGGUGAUCCAAUGCCCUCAGCCUGGCGUUAACCCUCUGAAGUACAACGAUUACGGCUGCUGGUGUGGCUUCGGGGGGAUGGGAAGCCCUCUGGAUGAAGUGGACAUGUGCUGUAGAGUUCAUGAUAAAUGCUAUAGGGCGGCCAGAAAGGCUCCUGGAUGCACGGCUAUUGUUGACCUUCCCUAUGUUCUUGUGUACGAUUUCACCUGUUCAAAUCAGCAGGUGACCUGCUCAGCUACCAAUGAUAAGUGCCAGGCUGCCGUGUGUGAGUGCGAUCGGGUGGCGGCUCACUGCUUUGCUCAAACCAAAUACAACCCUGACAACAAGAACGUGGAUCCCAAAGUCCAAUGUGUCGACUGAGUUGUAUAACUCAUGCAAAAAAAACACACAAGAGAACAUCUGAUUUUUGACAUCUUUCUUGUCAACUUUUAAUUUCUUUCUAAUUUUUACACAAACCCAGAUGUAAAAGGAGCUUGAUUCUGUACAAUGGCAUCAGUUUGAAAUAAAACAUGCAAGUGAGAUUCUCACCGUGAGGCUUUUAAGUUGAA